UUCAGUACAUGCCUCAUAGCUCCAGUCUCAAACUUAAGCCCGUUCCUGCUGAAGAAGAGGAGAAGGAAGCUCUCGUGAAAGAGGAGGCAGAGGAGUCUGUUACAAUGCAAAAACAAGUAGAGGUUGAGGCUGUUACUGUGAAAGAAGAAGAGAAAGACGUUUCAGUUAAAGAAGGGGAAGACUCGUUCAGAGUGAAAGAGGAGGAGGAGGACGGCGUUUUAGUGAAAGAAGAGGAGCGGGAGGUGACUGUCUCAUCGAACAAUGAAGAAGAGGAGGAAACUGGAUAUCUAGGCCCGGUUUCCCAAACGCAUCUUAAGGCGUCUGAUGGUUUUAACGAUGAACGGGCCCUGAUUAACACAACCUUACUCUCCUCUGAAGACUCAGUGAGAGAGCUGUUGAGGAACUGGUUAUGAAGAACACUUCUACAGC